UGGAAAGCCCGAUUCCUCCGCCGCCCCUGCAAUUGCCUUUGUCUUUUGUUUGCACCCUGGUCCCAUGGAAGUCCACACAGCAAUUCCACGGGCUGACCUGGAGUGCUCUCCUCCAUCCUUUAAUGGACCCUACGCACAUUUCAACGCACUACUCCUUCCUCACUGGACUUUUUCUACUUGCCCGGAGAUCCCAUUGUCGAUUUAAUGGGAGCCGGGAGCAUUGUUGAUUUAAGAUUUGCAGUGGAGGCCUGCGGAAUGUGAUAGGAAUUGGAAUCCAGCGAUGCAUACUGUUUCUUCUCUCCGUAACUGACGCCUGACUGCCCAGGAUUUCCCUUUUUUAUAAGGCAAUCUGAGUAUCUCGCAUUCUAAUUAUCUGCUUAACACAGCUUCUCUUCUAUCUGGAUGUCUGCAAUUUCAUGUUCGUGCUCCUGCCCUCGUGUAAUCGCAAUUUAGGUUUAGAUUAUUGUGCUUGUAGAUUUCUAUGGCUCAAGCUGCUGUCGCCGAGAUCGAUACAUCGUGGAUCUCUUCAUCUCCACCAUCAUACGACCGAUCGAUGCAACUUUUGCAAGAAAAUUGCGCGCCAGUUAGCUGCUCAACAAAAAUCGAGGUUUCCAUCAACCCAUCUUUAAGCCGUUCGGUUUCGCGUAAAGAUUUCCCGAUACCUCCUCCCCUGCCGGACGAUUCUUAUUACCGGCGCUACCAUUUGCAGAAAGUAUUUUCCGUCACGCGUUCCUGCGGCAGCCAUGCUGGUUAUAGUUGUGUGCCAAAAGAAACGGUUAAUACCUGGGAUAAUCUCUUUGAAGGAGGGUACCUAGCAGAUGUUUGUAUCUUCACCGAAGACGGUGGGGUUAUACCAGCUCAUUCGAACGUACUGAGCAUUGCCUCUCCAGUGCUGAAAAACCUUUUGAAGCAACAAAAGGGGAAAUCUCGCCAUCACAGUUUCUCCAUUACAGGUGUUCCUUACGAUGCUGCUCGAGUUUUCAUACGCUUCCUUUAUUCCUCCAGGUAUGAGCAAGAAGAUAUGCAAAAAUUUGCUCUUCAUCUGCUGGUACUUUCACAUGUGUUUUUGGUUCCAUCUUUGAAAUUAGUGUGCACACAGAAUUUGGAGCAUGGAUUGCUCACAACAGAUAAUGUAAUUGAUAUGAUACAACUAGCUAGACUAUGUGAUGCAUCACGCUUGAAUCUUUUAUGCAUGCGCCUUAUUCUAAAGAACUUCAAGGCUGUUUCCAAGUCAGAAGGAUGGAAAGUGAUGCGGCAGUCCAAUCCUAAGCUAGAGCAAGAACUUCUGGAAUCUGUUGUUGAGGCUGAUUCGCAAAAACAAGAAAGGCUUCACAAGAUAGAGGAGAAAAGAAUAUAUUUACAACUAUAUGAUGCCAUGGAAGCACUUGUUCACAUCUGUAGAGAUGGUUGUCGCACGAUAGGACCCCAUGACAAGGACCUAGAUGAUACUAUGGGACCCUGCAAUUUCCCAGCAUGCAAAGGUCUUGAAUCUUUAGUUAGACAUUUUGCUGGCUGCAAGACACGAGUGCCUGGUGGAUGUGUUCACUGUAAAAGAAUGUGGCAACUUCUUGAACUUCAUUCAAGAAUGUGUUAUGAGCCAGAUGUCUGCAAGGUUCCUCUAUGCAGGCAUUUUAAAGAAAAAGUGCAACAGCAAAGCAAGAAGGAUGAGGUGAAAUGGAAGGUGCUAGUGAGCAAAGUACAGGCAGCUAAAAGAGCUGUCAAUGCAUUUUCAUCAGCUGCUGUUGUAUAAAGAUCAUCUUUCUUAUACCACUGUACUAGUUUCUUGUAUUAUAUAUAUUUCACCAAUUUAGGUUUUGGCUUCAUGUGAGUCUUUUCUGAUUUUACAAUGUGCGAAAGUGAGUUCAGUGAUGCCUACCUACUCAAAAGAUGUAGAGGAGAUGGUAUCUUGGCUAUCUUGUAGUUCCCUGUGUUAAUAAUAUGCUGGAUGGCAUGAUGAGAGGCUAUUUGUAUCAAACAGAUCAUUUUUUAUAAUUUAUAGCAAUUCAUUAUCAUAUAUUCAAUCAGAAGAAA